UCCUUUUGCAUUUUCAAUCAGGCAAUGCAGAGCGGUACCCGGAAGGGUCCUGCAGACCUCUCACACACACACACGUGUUGCUGUGCGUCGUUAAACAUGGCGGACCUGCAGAUGAAGCUGCUCCGCAAGAAGAUACAGAAAAGAACUGAUAAGAACAAAGAGCGCAAACUACUGAGGGAACAGAAAGACGACGAAGAGACGGUGAACUCAAACGGGUUGGAGGAGGAAUGUUGUGAGCAGCCUGCAACUCUUUGUAAGAAGAAACCGAAGAAGCAGAUUGGGUUACCAUCGGAAGGGACCACAACAGAGGAGACUCCUCUGAAGAAGAAGUCAAAGAAGAAAAGAAAGCUUGCUGACACUGCUGAUACACCAGUUGAGAAGAAGACCAAAACAGUGAAAGAAGCAGCAGACGACGAAGAGGAGGAGGAGGAGGAGGAGGGAGCAACAUUAGCAGAUGGAGAACAGGCUGUUGAUAAACCAGAGGAAGCUGCAGAUGAAGAGGAGGAGGGAGAAGAUGAUGAAGAUGAGGAGGAGGAGGACAAAACUGGAGAUGAUGAUGAAGAAGAGGAAGAUCAACCUGAAUUACCAUCUGGCUUAACAGGAGCAUUUGAGGACACAUCCUUUACCUCUCUUGCUGAGCUGGUGAGUGACAGCACGCUGAAAGCAGUGAAGGAGAUGGGCUUUGAACACAUGACGGAGAUCCAGCACAAAAGUAUUCGUCCCUUGUUGGAGGGAAGGGAUGUUCUAGCUGCUGCCAAGACAGGUAGUGGUAAAACCUUGGCCUUCCUCAUCCCGUCUAUAGAGCUCAUCUACAAACUCAAGUUCAUGCCCAGGAACGGCACCGGUGUAGUGAUCCUUUCUCCCACACGUGAGUUGGCCAUGCAGACUUACGGUGUGCUGAAGGAGCUGAUGGCACACCAUGUGCACACCUUUGGUCUGAUCAUGGGGGGCAGCAACCGCUCAGCUGAGGCCCAGAGGCUGGCCAACGGCGUCAACAUCCUGGUGUGCACACCGGGCCGUCUGCUGGACCACCUCCAGAAUACCGCUGGCUUCAUGUACAAGAACCUCCAGUGUCUGAUUAUUGAUGAGGCUGACCGUAUCUUAGAGGUGGGCUUCGAGGAGGAACUGAAGCAGAUCAUCAAACUGCUGCCAAAGAAGAGACAGACCAUGCUGUUUUCAGCCACUCAGACCCGUAAGGUGGAGGACUUGGCUCGCAUCUCCCUGAAGAAAGAGCCCCUCUACGUCGGCGUGGAUGACAACAAAGACAACGCCACCGUUGACGGCCUGGAGCAGGGUUAUGUGGUGUGCCCGUCAGAGAAGCGCUUCCUGCUGCUCUUCACCUUCCUGAAGAAGAACCGCAAGAAGAAGCUCAUGGUCUUCUUCUCUUCCUGUAUGUCUGUGAAAUUCCACUAUGAGCUACUCAACUACAUCGACCUGCCCGUCAUGGCCAUCCAUGGCAAGCAGAAGCAGACCAAACGUACCACCACCUUCUUCCAGUUCUGCAACGCCGACUCGGGCAUCCUGCUGUGUACUGACGUGGCAGCUCGAGGUCUGGACAUCCCCGAGGUGGACUGGAUCAUCCAGUACGACCCUCCAGAUGACCCCAAGGAGUACAUCCACAGGGUGGGCAGAACAGCCAGAGGCAUCAACGGCCGAGGCCACGCGCUCCUGAUCCUCCGACCGGAGGAGCUCGGCUUCCUCCGCUUCCUGAAACAGGCCAAGGUCCCACUGAGCGAGUUUGACUUUUCUUGGACGAAAAUCUCUGAUAUCCAGUCUCAGCUGGAUAAGCUGAUUGAGAAGAACUACUAUCUCCACAAGUCAGCCCAAGAGGCCUACAAGUCCUACGUGAGGGCUUACGACUCCCACUCACUCAAACAGAUCUACAGCGUCAACACCCUCAACCUCCCCAUGGUGGCGCUGUCUUUUGGCUUCAAAGUUCCUCCAUACGUCGAUCUGAAUGUCCACAGCAGUAGAGGUGUAAAGAUGCAGAAGCGAGGCGGCGGAGGCGGUUUUGGAUACCAGAAGUCCAAGAUCGGGCAAAAAUCCAGAAUCUUCAAGCAUGUCAACAAAGGAAAGGGUGACAGGAGACAGUUCUCCCGCUGAAACCCCGUCACGUGAACUCCUCCUGGACUGAUUCCUCUUCUCUUAGAAGAACUGCCCUUUUUUUAUUACAUGAACUUCCUGCUUUGAACAGGAUGCUGUGUAUUGUGUAGGGCACAAGUCUCUCAGACUUCCUUUAGGCCCACUUGUCCUCCUAUGAGUUAUGUAAAAGUCUUUUGUAAACAAACAUUGUAGGUGUUGUGUGUUGAGGAGGUCGCUGCAUUCCACUGUGGAUUCCUGAUCAACAAAGAAAAGCUCACCUUUCUAACAUUUCCUCAUGUCACCUGAGUGGAAUAUUAAAUCUCUAUCGACUUUAAAUAUAUUUAGUUUGCUUCAUUCAUACUAUGUAGACUUUGCCAAGGAGUAAAAGAAGUGCCGGUACUGCGUACCGAUGAGUACCGGCCAACAGCGGACACUGGCCAUGAGCAUGAAGUCGCCCGAUAUAAACCACGUGAGGUUCUGAUGUAAAAUUCUUUUAUUAUACAUCACAUUAUUACAGCAUCCACAUUCCUGCAGAGCUGAAGGACUCCUGCUAUGCAUCUUGUCAAACAAAGCAACCGGCAGGCACACAAAUAGGAUCUGGGAUAAUUAGAUACAUGUUACAAAAAUCACAGUUAAGUUCAUCAGAAACAAAUAUAGCAACAUUCCCUUUAAAUGAUGAAAAAUCUCAAUAAAUUUUAUAACUUUAA